AUGGCUGAUCCGGGUAACAAAUAUUACCCGUUAACACCAGCACUGGUCCGAGCUUUGACUGAUAAGUUAUACGAGAAGAGGAAAGCUGCUGCUUUGGAGAUAGAAAAGUAAGUGUGUGUUUAUUAUAAUGUUUCAUAAUGUAGAUUGGUGAAAGAACUGAUAAAACAGAAUCGAAUCAAAGACCUGGAGAAGUUGAUUGAGGUAAUCGAGGAGCUCACGGCCACUCCCAAUGGAAACUGUCGCAAAGGAGGGUUGAUUGGAUUGGCUGCCGUUGCAAUUGGACUAGGAAAGGUAUGCAAUUUAAUUUAUUGUACACAUUUAGGUAAUACCAGAUUAAUAAGACCAUUUUUAGAUAGUAUUCCAUGUUUUUUAAAGUUAUUAAAAGGUUUUUGUUGGUUUUGAUGCUUGUUUUAAAGACAACAAUGUUAACGAGACUAUAUUGACCCUGUUCUUAUUAAUACUUUGAUUUUCAACGUAAUAUUCAUAUUAUUAUUGACUAUAUUUAAUAUACUGACCCUUUUAGAACUACAAUGAGUUUUCUGAUAAAUUGCUCACUUCGGCCCUGACGUGUUUCACGGACGCCGACUCAAGGGUCCGCUAUUUUGCAUGCGAAUCCCUCUACAAUGUUGUGAAAAUAUGUAGAGGCUCUGCGUUGAAUCAGUUCGACAAGUUGUUUGAUGUUUUAUGGAAACUCUCCUCCGACUCCGAGCAAACAGUCAGGAGCGGGGCCGAGUUGUUGGAUCGGCUCAUUAAGGUUUGUUAUUUACUUAUUUGUUGUUUGAAAUUUAGAAAAUGGUAAAAAUCAAGUCAAAUUCAGUUCAAGCAAGGCUAUAAAAUUAACUUUGUGAGAAAAAAUAACUUUCAUAGUUUUAAAUAAUAAUUGUAAUUGCACACAAAAGCACCAUAAAUCAUUGUAAAAACAUGUUUUAGGAGAUCGUUCGUAGUUCCCAAGACUUUGACGUGAAUGAGUUGAUGUUACUCAUCAGGGAACGGAUCUAUUGUAACAACUCUUCCAACCGUCGCUUUAUCAUUGGUUGGGUAAGUCAGUAAAUAGUACGUUAUAUAGUCUGCUUUUAGCUCCAUACUGUACUGAAGAUGCCCAACUUCAAAGUAACUCAUUUUGUGCCAGAAGUUGUGGAUGGUUUAUUCAAAGUCCUGGACGAUCCAUCACCGGCUGUUCAUGAUACAGCUGUUACCGUGCUGUCCGAACUGCUACACGCUAUGGAUCCUCAACAAAGCGGAGAUCAGGUCAGUGUUAAUAUCUUUUCAUAAAUAAUUUAGUUUUUUGUUUAAUAGUUCUGUUUUUAAUCGUAAAAACAAAACCUAUAUCAAUAUUGCUUGAUGUUGUUAUUUUUUAAAAUUUUUUCCUUACAGGAAGCCCCCACCCCCAUGAUCAAUAUCCUCGUAGCCCACACAAACACAUCUCCACCAGCACGCGAAAUCGCUCUAAUAUGGUUAAACCAGUUUUGCGUAUUUUACAACAAGUCCAUCCUCAACAACCUGUCGGCCAUGUUGUCAGCGUGCCUUGGAUGGCUACACAAUGAGAAGCUGAAGGCCAGUGAACUGAACAAGCGUCUCUCCGAGUUGGUGGAUCCAACUACAGAUAUCCACCUGGAUUCUGUAGUCGACGUGCUGUCAGACCAUCUCCGUCACGAAGAAACCCAGACCAGAAUAGCUUCGUUGAACUGGAUCCGUCUGCUACACUCCACCUACCCCAAAGCCAUGUUUGCCUACAUGAACAGACUCUUCCCGGUUCUUUUGGACCUUCUAAUGGAUUCCGCGGACGAUGUCCUCAUGUUGGACAUCAUGCUGAUCACCGACUUUUGUUCGGCCCACAAUCAAAAUGAAGUUGAUCUGAAGAGUUUCGACCUGUCGGAUGAAGUGAUCGUUCAGUUCGGCAACAUCUCACCGUACCUGGUCAAGUUCUGUUUGAGUUUGCUGGAGUUGUUCAAGGCUGACAAUAAGUUGAUGGAUGAACGAGGAAUUCAGAUUAUUAGGUAGGCAAGGAUGUGAGGAAAGAUGUUAUUCAUGUGGUAUCAGUAUCAAGUAAUGCCUAUUGACUAAAUAUAUUUUUAGGCAAUUGUGUUUGUUGUUAGAACCCGCUGAUGUCUUCAAAUCAAUGGCACUACUUCUGAUUCACAAAGAGAACGACGUAGAGUUCUUGUCUCGGCUCGUAGCACUCAUGAACAGGAUAUUACUCACGGCAAACGAGCUGUUCAAGCUUCGGGUAUACCUAAAAAGUCCUCAGGAGAAUGUAAGGAUUUUAGCAUAUAUAGUUUAAACAUAUUGUUUAUGUUCACAUAUUAAUUUAAAACGUUUAAGACAACAUAAAUGUUAACUCGAAUUAUUUUGUCGGUAUACUAUUUAGGCCCACAUCAAAUUUAGGUAAUAUAUUUGCAUUCUUUUCAGGACGUAGUGAACUUGUUUGAAUGCCUGUAUAGAUGUUGGUGCUAUCAACCAAUUUGUUUGUUAUCUCUUUGUCUAUUAUCUCAGAACUAUCAACAUGCCGUCAACCUUGCCGCUCGGCUAUCUGAGCUCGAUCUUACAGUAGACAUUCUAACAGAAUUGGACAGGCUUGUACAGUUAAUCGAGUCACCAAUUUUGGCAUGUAAGUCAAAUUUCAAAAUUAUUUUUAGGUAACACUUUAUGCAUAAAAUGACAAGUUUAAACUUCAAAUGAAUUAGUAAUACGUUAUAUUUUCCAGAUGUCCGUAUGGAUUUACUUUCAUCAGAACACCAACGACCGUUAGCUUCCGUACUAUCGGCGUUGUUGAUGUUGUUACCUCAAACUGAAGCUUUUAACACGUUACACAAGCGACUCCAAGCGAUACCACAUUUACACCUUAUCGAGUAAGUCUCUUAAUUAAUCUAUUCAAAUUUUAGGUGCUAUUAUCUACACUAAAAUUUAAUUAUGGUGGCAUGACUUAUACCUAAACUACUUUUAGAACCUCUAAAGCUGCCAAACCACCAUCUAGUCUCAAUUUCAAAGAACUACUGGCUCAUUUCGACAAGAUAUCAACAGAACGAAAGGAAAACCUUCGUCGAAAACACAUCGACCUUCUCAAUUCAAUGGCCAGGUCCAGUUAG